AAAAAUGAAGAAAAUGUUUAAGACCGAGUGGCUGUUUUAUUAUACUUUAGCUGGUGUUUUACGAUUUUUAUUAAUGAAAUCAAGGUACCAGGAGAUAAUCAGUGAUCGGGUGGAAGUAUCAACGUCUCUAAAUUCUUGGAAAAGGGUGACCGAGGGUGUUCAUUUACGAAAUUUCGGUAUAGAUCCAUACAGUGGUGAUUUAUUCCACGAGACGCCGUUAUGUCUCGAAGCAUUUAGUCUUAUGCAGAAAUUUUUAACAGACACUUUUUUAAAGUUACUUUUUAUUCUGACCGAUUUUACAACCGCUUGGCUCAUUGCAAUGAUAGCCAGGAAUUAUUUCACCGAAGUGGUGAAACGUGAAGAAGAAGAGAAGAAAUUCAAUAAAUCAACGGACAAAAAUCGACAAUAUCCAAAAAUUCCAGGUCCACCUUCAAUGCCACAUGUGGCAGCAGUUUAUCUCUUUAAUCCAUUUAUCAUUCUCAAUUGCGUGGGUCUAACGACAACAGUAUUUACAAAUUUUCUCUUCGCAAUUGCACUAUUUUCAAUGAUAAAACGCUCGACAUUCUUUUGCUGUCUGACAAUAUCAAUUCUCACACUUCAAGGUCUUUAUCCAGUGAUAUUGAUGGUACCGGCGACAAUUUACAUCGUCAGGGAGAAAAAUGAGAAGGAUAAAUAUUAUUCGGUGGGGAAAAUAAUUUUCACAUUCGCAAUUAUUUUGAGUGCGAUUUUUUACAUUUCCUAUCGUAUCAUUGGAAGUUUGUCAUUCUUUGAGAAUACAAUUGGCUUUAUUUUAACUGUUCCCGAUUUGAGACCAAACAUUGGACUUUAUUGGUAUUUUUUCACCGAAAUGUUUGAACAUUUUCGAUGGUUAUUCAUUGCGUCGUUUCAAAUUAAUGUCAAUUUAUUGUACGUGGUACCAUUGGCAUUGAAAUUGCGACGUGAUCCAAUGCUUCUUGCUUUCUCCUAUUUGGCGAUUGCUGCUAUUUUCAAAUCUUAUCCAUCGAUUGGUGAUGUUGGAUUUUAUAUGUCGUUGUUGCCGCUAUGGAAGCAUUUGUUUCAACAUAUGCAGCAAAUUUUUAUAGUCGGUUGCUUUAUGCUCUUUUGCACAGCAUUUGCGCCGACAGUUUGGCAUUUAUGGAUUUUUUCACGAUCGGCGAAUGCAAAUUUUUAUUUUGGCGUCACAUUGGCAUUUGCAAUUGCUCAAAUUUUCCUACUUACUGACGUGUUAUUCGCGAGUGUUAAACGUGAAUUCUCCUUGCGUCACGGUCUUCAUUUGGAGAUUAAUGGAGAGAAGGCAAAACUUUUACUUGAAUAGUGUGUAAAUAAAUUACUUUCACAGUAUUUUCAAUUCCAAAAUCAAGUAAAUCUAAGUCUUUAGAAAUUACAUACGUAAUGUAAGUUCAGUCCGCUGCUUUUUUUACAUCCAUACAUCGAAAGUUUAAUAAAGAAAAUAAAGGAAAAUUUCUAUA